GUCUUGUCGUUGCGUGGCGCUAACCGGUGUGUGUGCUCGGCGGGCAGAUGUCGGACAGCGAGUGGGACGACCUGCUGGACGGCUUCGACGAGCGCGGCUACCUGAGCGCCCGACGUUGGCAUCCCGGCGACGACCCGUACGCGCGCUACGCCUUCAACCAGCGGGAGAGCGAACGUGUCCCCAGCAACCGAGCGCUCGGUGACACGCGCCACCACAGGUGCAGCUCGUUGCGCUACGACGCCAAGCUCCCCCCGACUUCCAUCAUCAUCACCUUUCACAACGAGGCUCGCUCCACCUUGCUGCGCACCGUCAGGAGUGUGUUAAACAGAACUCCUGUUCAUCUCAUCCAUGAGAUCAUUCUGGUGGACGACUUCAGCGAUGAUGGCAGCGACUGUCAGCUUCUCACCAAAUUGCCCAAAGUCAAAUGUCUACACAACAGCAAGAGAGAAGGUCUGAUCCGGUCUCGGGUCUUCGGCGCCGAUGCGGCGAGCGCCAAGGUCUUGGCCUUCCUGGACAGCCACUGCGAGGUCAACAAGGACUGGCUGCCGCCCCUCCUUCACAGGAUCCAGCAGGACCCGACCAGGGUGGUGAGCCCCGUCAUUGACAUCAUCAACAUGGACACCUUUGCCUACGUGGCCGCGUCGGCUGACCUACGAGGAGGUUUUGACUGGAGUCUUCAUUUCAAGUGGGAGGGCCUAUCACCUGAGGAGAGGGAUCGCCGCACCGACCCCACCCUGCCAAUCAAGACGCCCAUCAUCGCCGGCGGCCUCUUUGUGAUCGACAGCUCGUGGUUCAAGCACCUGGGCAAAUACGACACGGCCAUGGACAUCUGGGGCGGGGAGAACUUUGAGAUCUCUUUCCGGGUGUGGCAGUGUGGCGGAAGCUUGGAGAUCAUUCCGUGUAGCCGCGUGGGUCACGUGUUCCGGAAGAAACAUCCCUACAUCUUCCCGGAGGGCAGCGCCAACACAUACAUCAAGAACACACGGCGCACCGCUGAGGUUUGGAUGGACGACUUUCGCCUCUUCUACUACUCGGCUCGGCCGGCAGCUCGAGGAAAAUCGUACGGAGACAGCAUCGGAGGCCGCCUGGAGUUGAGGCGCAAGCUCAAGUGCAAACCUUUCAAGUGGUACCUGGAGCACGUCUACCCGCAACUCAAGGUCCCCGACGACUCGGACUGGCAGUACGGCCCGAUCCGACAGCGACACAACUGCUUGGAGUCUCGCCGCGUGGACGGCCAGGAGACGCCCGUCCUCAUGUUGGCGCCAUGCGUGGAGCGGGACGGUGGCCGCGCACGCAACCAGGAGUGGAUCUACACUGCGGGCCAGCAGAUCCGACAGCAGCGUGACGCCGACGCCGCAGAUGACCCCGACGCCCACAAAUGCGUGUCGGUCACCGCCACCUUCCCGGCCUCGCAGAUUCUGCUGUUGCCCUGCCACGCGGACGACGCCAAGCAGCGCUGGCAGAAGUCGGGCACGCACCUUGAGCACGUGGCAUCUCGUUUCUGCCUGGACUCGGCCAUGGCGCUGGACGGGCUGGACUCGUCUCGCAUGCUGGUCAUCGGCCCAUGUGAGCCGGGCGCCUCCACGCAGCGUUGGGACGUCCCUUUCUCCUGACCCGCCAGCCGGAAGCUCGCCCAAGCAAGCCUGUGGGUCGCCUAACUGCAAAUUCCAUGUCUUGCUCAAGG